AGGACAGACCUCAGGAUGAUGAUGCCUGUGGUGGAUCCUGUUGUCCGUGAAAAGCAACUGCAGCAAGAAUUACUCCUUAUCCAGCAACAGCAGCAAAUCCAGAAGCAACUCCUGAUUGCAGAGUUUCAGAAACAGCAUGAGAACUUGACACGGCAGCACCAGGCUCAGCUUCAGGAGCACAUCAAGGAACUUCUAGCCAUAAAACAGCAACAAGAACUCCUAGAAAAGGAGCAGAAACUGGAGCAGCAGAGGCAAGAACAGGAAGUAGAGAGGCAUCGCAGAGAACAACAGCUUCCUCCUCUCAGAGGCAAAGAUAGAGGACGAGAAAGUAAGAGGCACCAGGGAGCAGUGGCAAGUACAGAAGUAAAGCAGAAGCUUCAAGAAUUCCUGUUGAGUAAAUCAGCAACAAAAGACACUCCAACUAAUGGAAAAAAUCAUUCCGUGAGCCGCCAUCCCAAGCUCUGGUACACGGCUGCCCACCACACGUCACUGGAUCAAAGCUCUCCACCCCUGAGUGGAACAUCUCCAUCUUACAAAUACACAUUACCAGGAGCACAAGAUGCAAAGGAUGAUUUCCCCCUUCGAAAAACUGCCUCUGAGCCCAACUUGAAGGUGCGGUCCAGGUUAAAACAGAAAGUGGCAGAGAGGAGAAGCAGCCCCUUACUCAGGCGGAAGGAUGGAAAUGUUGUCACUUCAUUCAAGAAGCGAAUGUUUGAGGUGACAGAAUCCUCAGUCAGUAGCAGCUCUCCAGGGUCUGGCCCCAGCUCACCAAACAAUGGGCCAACCGGUAACGUUACUGAAAAUGAGACUUCAGUUUUGCCACCUACUCCUCAUGCUGAGCAUAUGGUUUCACAGCAACGCAUUCUAAUUCACGAAGAUUCCAUGAACCUGCUAAGUCUUUAUACCUCUCCCUCUUUGCCCAACAUUACCUUGGGACUUCCAGCAGUGCCAGCCCAGCUCAAUGCUUCGAAUUCACUCAAAGAAAAACAGAAGUGUGAGACUCAGACGCUCAGACAAGGCGUUCCUCUGCCUGGGCAGUAUGGGGGCAGCAUCCCAGCAUCUUCAAGCCAUCCCCAUGUCGCUUUAGAGGGAAAACCCAACAGCAGCCACCAAGCUCUCCUGCAGCAUUUGUUACUGAAAGAACAAAUGCGACAGCAAAAGCUUCUUGUGACUGGCGGAGUUCCCUUACAUCCUCAGUCUCCAUUGGCAACAAAAGAGAGAAUUUCACCUGGCAUUAGAGGUACCCACAAAUUACCCCGUCACAGACCCCUGAAUCGAACCCAGUCCGCACCUUUGCCUCAGAGCACAUUGGCUCAGCUGGUCAUUCAGCAGCAACACCAGCAAUUCUUGGAGAAGCAGAAGCAAUACCAGCAGCAGAUCCACAUGAACAAACUGCUUUCGAAAUCUAUUGAACAACUGAAGCAACCAGGCAGUCACCUCGAGGAAGCGGAGGAAGAGCUUCAGGGGGACCAGGCGAUGCAGGAAGACAGAGCGCCCUCUAGUGGCAACAGCACUAGGAGCGACAGCAGUGCUUGUGUGGAUGACACACUGGGACAAGUUGGGGCUGUGAAGGUCAAGGAGGAACCAGUGGACAGUGAUGAAGAUGCUCAGAUCCAGGAAAUGGAAUCUGGGGAGCAGGCUGCUUUUAUGCAACAGGUAAUAGGCAAAGAUUUAGCUCCAGGAUUUGUAAUUAAAGUCAUUAUCUGA